AUGGCAUGGAAUGGCACUGACUUUGUCAAGGAGCUAGGGGACAUCGAGAAGCUGCUUGCUUUCAACCCAAACCAGGGUCUGCAGGAGGGGCUGGUCAAGGCUCUGUUGACAAAGUGUGAUCACAGCCAGCUGACUGCUGGCGACUAUUGUGCCAUGCUUGAGAAGGUUGACCACAGUACCUUGACAGAUGAGCUGAAGACCAUAUUGAAGGAUUCGCUUUUGCUUCGUGCAUCCACAGGUACGACAAACGAAGGUGGGUCUGCCAUUGUGAAGACACCACAGACCUUGGUCAAUCUCCCCGCCUAUUUGACCAAGGCUGAGAUGAUGGAUGUAAUGCAAGGAAACUUGUAUGACGUUCCCCAUAUCAUCAUCAGAAGGUUGUCUGCCCUCGGUGUGAAGUCUCUCAAAGAAACAACGAAGCGGGCCGCCGUCGCAUUAAUCGUACAGUCCAUCAUGUGGCACGGGAAAAGCAAACCCAGUGCCGACGAAAUAUAUGGUCUGGCACAACAGAUCGGCCUCUUGUUCGCUGCCCACAAGCCCUCGGGCUGCAUGGUUUCGGGCUUGAAGAAGUACCCACACCUCCCUACAGACCUGGACAAAGAUUGGCUGUCCAGAGCCUAUCCCAAAGACCCACCUUCGAUGGUAGAUCUCCCACAGCUUUUCGAGCUAGGAGCCCAGUGCCCGAUGCGAUCCACCAGCAAGCUCCUUUCCAGUUGCUCGAAAACGAAGCUUCAACCCUUGGUGGACAAGGUUGAGGACCGACUCCUCGAGUUGUUCAAAAGCUUGUUGGGUGGCAACUGGCAGGCCGCCCUGCAGGGUGGCAAAGAAAGCUCGAGCAGUGGUGCCAAGAUCACUUUCUUUGACCAUGUGAAGGAUGGCAACCAUGGGCCAGGCGACGGCAUGCAGGGCUUGUCUAAGGAGGAUGACCCGCCUGCUUUGCAGCAGAAGGGGCAUGCAGCGGGCUCGGGUAACUUGUCGUUGGAGGAGUACGAGAAGCAGGCAAUGAUCGAGGUUCAAGAGAAGACCAAAAAUGGGAGGAAUUCCAACAAGCAGGGCACCGGCCAAAAGGACAAGAAUCCCAUGAAGAAGCAGGGCACCGGCAAAAAGAACAAGAAUCCCAUGAAGAAGCAGGGUAGCGGCUGUGAUGUUUGCGAGAACCCGAACUUUGCGGGGAUGAGGCAUGACAUGAAGCAAGCAGUGAAACAGGCCAUUGCAAGUUGCACUGCCUAUGGGGCCCUUGUGCAACAACUUCCGGCGAAGUCACUGGCCGGUGCAGACCUUAACAUACCAUGCAUCAACCUGGCGAGUCUUAUUCAGGGCAUGUAUGCAGCAGGUGGUUAUUUUUACCAAAUGUUGAAUCAUGUGCACGAAGCAUCACCAUCCAGCAUAGGAUCCCCCUGGCGGGGGGUCCUUUAUUCCGAUGAAGUACACCCGGGCAAUCAGUUGUCCUCCCAAGGGCGAAAAGUCUGGGCGGUGUAUUUCUCGUUUCUGGAGCUGUCACCGAAGUUGCUUUCGAACGAGCAUCAUUGGUUUACACUGAUGGCGGUCAGAACCGAACUGGUGCAGAAGGUGUCGGCUGGUAUAGGCCAAUGUUUGAGGUUGCUGCUUGAGUCCAUGUUUGCCAACGAGUUCGGAAAUCCAGAGCAUGGCUUGGCAUUGAAGAGGCCGAGCAAAAGCAUCAGACUAUUCUUUACACUUGCUAUGACACUUCAGGACGGAAGUGCACAGAAACACACAUACUCGAACCGGCAAGAUGCCGGUUCGAGAGUUUGCAUGCUUUGUAAGAACAUCUUUUCCCUACGGUCAAAAAGCUCUGAGGAUGAUGUCAAGAUAUCGGCAAAACAUUUGACAUGGGAUGCAUGCCAUCAAGCUACAGACGACGAGCUCUUGGAAUCGUGGGAACGAAUGGAAUCAAGACACCGGACAGAGUCCAAAAGCAAGUUCCAACAGUGGCAACAGGCUUGUGGGUGGUCUUUCUCGCCGCAUGCCCUGAUGAUGAGCACUGUUCUACGAAGUCUGAAUGUAUUGCGGCCGGCUUCGCAAUAUUGCUUUGAUUGGAUGCAUUCUUUAUGCAGCAUGGGAGUCCUCAACUGCAUAAUCCUGUGGGUGCUGGAAGCCACUGGAAAAGCUGCUACCUUUCAUGACUACUUGCAACUCUGGCAAUGGCCGAAAGCCCAGAAAGCAGCGGCACUGCACAAGCUGUUCAGCCAGGAGAAGAUGAAGGCACACAGGAAGGCAAAUUACAUCAAAUGCUCAGCCUCUGAGGUUUUAGCAAUUUCAAAGCCUUUAGAAUAUUUUUUGCAUACCUGCUGCCCCAGCCCGGAUGACACUCUUGCAAAGGAAGCUUGCUUGUCUUGGUUGGAAGUCUUGGCCAUCUUGAUAGCUUGUACACUACAACUGCCUCCAGCAGGCCUUUUGUUGCAGACUGUCGAGCGAGCAUUGUCCCUCACCGUCGCCGCCGGGUGGGGAGACCAGAUGGCUCCGAAGUUUCAUUGGUGUUUACAUUUUGAGGCAUGUCUGUCACGAUUUCGAUGCAUGCCAGCAUGCUGGACACUGGAGCGAAAACACAAAUCAGUGCGAAAAUACGGCACAGCUACCAGCAACACCACCAACUUUGAACAAGGGUUAUUGGAGGAGACAAAUGCUGAACAGCUUGCCUUGCUUUCGAGCGACACUCCAUUUCGAGCUGGCCCUCAUCUCCUGCAGCCUCACCCCGUAUCCGCCAAAGUAAUGGCACAACUUCUGCAGAGCAACAUCGUGUCUGAGAGUGAUUCCUGCAACUGCAGCAAAGAGUGCCGGCUAGCUUCUGGUGCUGUCUUGCAUACCGGUGAUGUUGUUUUGCACCAUGCAGCUGCCGACAAUGAAUCACCCAUCCCCUUUUGCUGUGGCCGACUCCAAUGGCUUAUCGAAGUGGACGGCUAUGUUGCAGGUGUUGUGUCCAGAUGCGAGUAUGUUUCCCAUGAUGCAGUGAAGCAAGUGGCCAAGUGGAGGAUUGCAGGUGAAGCCCUAUCCAUCAUGCAGGUUGAUGCUUUCCUGUGCAGUGUAGUUUACAAUAACAAUGCAGGCAUUCUCACCACCCUGCUACCCCGCCACCUGUGCAACAGCAUGGCUUGA